UGCCUUCGGAUUAUUUUACUUUUAAACGAGGUUUUUACAGUUUGCAAUUUUACUCGCAAUGACACUUGGCCCUCGGGUACCAUACUUUUUCCCCGUUGGAUGUUGUGCGUCGGAUAAAAUAUAUUUUUUUAUCGUUCUUUAAUAAUUCUCAAUGGUACUUAGCAAAGUUGAACUUAUUAUUUGGAUUUUAAUAUGUUUUGUUCAACGAUUAUAAAUUAAGUUGCUCUUUUCAUGGAUCGUACCAUCCAUCACGAGAAUCCAUGGAGUACCAAAUUACACCAAAUGGUACGGUGUACAAAAUAUUGCAGACUGUAAAACACCGUAGAUUGUUUUAGGCAAUUCAUAAUACAAUAGUUGCAAUUUUUGGUUGCCUAUCUACUGUUUGAGAUUCAUUUGUUUAUUUUUAACAGAGGUUAAGUGAAUUUUCCUUGUUAUCAGUGCUAAUUGAUUAAGAUGCAAUUGUUUCCUUCAUUUUUAAGGUAUGUAAGGAGUCGUUAAGUAUUAUUUUUAUUAGUAGUUGAAAUUUUAUCGAGAAUUAGUUUAACAACGCAUGACUAUUUUUAAUUCGAUCUGAUAUGUCAAGAUUUUCGGGAGAAGGGGUAUGGUUAAUAUAAAACUAAAAAUUUUAAAAUUUUUUAAAUUUUAAAAAUCGGAGAAAUCGACUAUUGUAUCCAUGGCUAGUGUGACGAUUGAGAAUUCGGAAGUGAUUCCAGCAAAGAAAUUAAAAUUAGAUACAACGAAUGGAGAAACUCUUCACGAAAAUAUAAAAGACUUAUCAGACUUUAAAAUCUCGAGCGUUUUACAUAACAACACAAACAGAAAAACGGUCAGUUUAAGAGGAAACUUCGAAUCGAAAGUGGGAGAAGCCGUUGUUAUUUUAGAAAAGACCGCGUUCUCCGCAGAUGGUUUAUCGAAUUUUACGGAUAACGGCCAGCUAGAGAAAGUUUUUCACAACGAUAUCUACGGAAAUUAUAAAUAUUUCCCUGUUGUCGAGCUAAAUAGUAUUAAAACAACUAUUAUUCAUCCUGCUACAGAGAAGCACAUUAUUAAAUAUUCGUCUCAGAAUACGUACAUGGUGGAUGAGACACCGGAUAUCUAUAACAAGUUUGUGUUGCCCCAUCUCCUAGAAGAAAAAUUUGAUCUAACAUGGGUUUACAAUAUUUUGGAGCACGUUUCUGAAUCAGACAGAAUCCUUGUCGAAGAUCCAGACCCAAUAAAUGGCUUUGUUAUGGUACCUGAUCUGAAAUGGAAUGGUGAAAUUGAUACUUUAUACUUCCUGGCUAUAUGUAACAAUAGAGAUAUUAAGUCUGUUCGAGAUUUAAGUGCUGAACAUAUCCCAUUGCUUGAAAAUAUAAAGGAAAAAGGAAUUAAUGCUAUUGAGUCAAAAUACGGACUAGAUAGUUCACAGUUGAGGAUUUAUUUCCAUUAUCAACCCUCUUUUUAUCAUCUUCAUGUACAUUUUACCUACCUCAAACAUGAAGCUCCAGGUAUACUGGCAGAAAGAGCUCAUAUGCUUACUACAGUGAUAAACAAUAUAAAAUUGGUCCCUGACUAUUAUAAAAAAGCCACUAUACCCUAUGUUGUUCGAGAAAAUGAUAAAUUAUUCUUGAAACUAAGUAAGGAAGGUAUUUUAAAGAAACAAGAGAAAAAACAGGAUGAUUGAGUCAGGAUUUAUAGAGUAUCGACCUAAGUUGCAAAGCGCCAAUCUUUUUAUUAAACUUGCUAAAAACUAUUCAGGAAAUUUUAAAGUAAAUUUGUUUGAGGAUAAUUUUGAAAUUAAAAAAGAAAACAACAUUUUUUUGGUAGAUUUUAAGAGAUUUAAAGCUAUUCCUUCAACUUUAUCAUCUUUAAAAAUUUCAGAAAAUAAUAUAUCUUGUAGUUUUUUUACCAAUUCUUCUGAUAGGGGUAGUUUUAAAUCUGAGGUCCUUCAAAAAAAUGGUUCUUCUUCCAGUAUUGUUUUGAAAAAUAGAUAUUUUUUUGAAAAAAAUCUCAAUUAUAUGGUCAAAUGUAAGAGUUGUGAAAAUAAUUUAAAUAAUAAUGUAAUAACUUUUGAAAGAGUCUUACC